AUGCCACGUAAGCUACGUAAGAAUAUACGUAAGAGGAAGAGAGCAUUGAAACAUCCAAUAGUAAAACUGACACCACAACAACAGUUGCAACAACAAAUGAUGAAUGACCCCACUAUGUUGCAACAAAUGUCAAGCAAUCCUAUGCUUUUAAACCGAGUUUUUGGUGCACAGAGUGGAGGUUUAAGAGCGGCACUUUUAGCGAAAAUGGCAGGCUAUGGUGGAGCUGCAGACGGAACAGCUUAUAACCCUCAAAGUCAAAUGAAUUUGAGUUCACUCAAAAAUCAAAUAACAGAUGUCAAAAAGUCAAACAUAGACAUACAGAAACAAAUAAGUGAAAACGAAAAGAAACUAGAAUAUGACAGACACACAAAGAAACUCAAUGAGUUAAACGUAGAGAAAAAGAAGAAAGAAGAACAACUGAAAGAACUAAGUACAGAGGAAUAUGCGAAAAAAAGUGUCAGAAAAAGCAGCAGAAGUAGCAAAAAUGGAACAAGAUGUUAUAAAUUUGAAAAACCAUACUACUCAAUAUAA